AUGACCAUCACACGCCAAACCCUCUCCUCUUUCAGACGCAUCCCGACCGUCACAUCCGCGCUUCGAUCCCGGCCUGUGCUGAACCCAUACACCUCUAUCCGCAUGAACUCGGGCAAGGUCAAGACACCAGUGUCCUCCGAUCCCAACCACGACAAGAACAAUCCACCAGUCGCCGAUCACUCAGACGGAGCCAUGGCUUCGCUGAAGGGCGCACCGGGAAAACGCGAUGCGAGCUCGUUCGAAAACCAGAACAUGACACAGAAAGAGAAGAAUACCAACAGUCAGAAUGCUCAAGAGCAGGAUAGCAGAGAGGGAAGUACUGGCGAGGCGGGCUAUUUCGAGAAGUCGGGCAGGAAACCCAAAAUGUAG